AUGGCCAACUACCAAUAUGGGGAUUCGAGCGUGGAUGUGAUUCCAGGCACGGAUGUGAUGCGCGAUGCCGAUGAUGCUCAUCUCAAGCAUUGGAAAGGAAGCGACACUCGAGGCAAACUGCGUCCUAUAAAUCGAAUCCUGUACUUACAAUCGCUUGCUCCAGACAUCAUCAUUGCCACCCAGUUUCUGUACACAUUCGUCACGGUCGAGUCGGCACUCUCACUGGCCCCGAUGUUCCCAAUGCUCAAAAAGGAGUGGGAUCUCAAUCAAACCCAGCUGAGCCUGUUGACGGGAGCGUGUGUGCUAGCUCUGGGCUACGCCAAUUUCCUGAUCGUCCCCUUUUCAAACAUCUUUGGUCGGCGCCUGGCCGGCUUGUCUCUCGGGGUCUUGGUGAUCUUGACGGAACUCUGGGAAGCUCUUGCCACCUCGCACCACAGUUUCCUUGCGGCGCGGGUUGUCAAUGGCCUUACCACGGCGACCGCCGAGAGUCUGAUGGUGCAAGUCAUUGCCGACAUUUUCUUCCUCCAUGAACGGGGAUUGUGGACGGGAAUCUACUUCACGGGCUACUUCUUUGGAUUGUUCUUGGGUCCUGUCAUUGCCGGAACUAUUGCCGAACGGCAUGGCUGGCGGAGCUUCUUCUGGUUGUCCCUGGCUCUUUCGGUGUUCAAUCUGAUCACCAUCUUUUUCCUCUUCCCAGAGACCAACUACCAGCGCUCGCCCGCAAGCACGGGUGGCCAGGUCAAGGCUGCGGACGAGCCCACCCAGGUGGUCAACGAGAAGACCGGCGACGAAUCGGUCCAAGCUCAAAAUGAUAAUGAGUCCAGGAUCAGCUCACAAUACGGCCGUGGGCGCCCCUCGAUGAAACAGUUCAUGCCGUGGCGAAAGCCCGAUCCACGAUGGAAGAGCUUCCUUAUCCGUGAUAUCUUGUCUCCAUUUCGGGUGUUCUUCUACCCCAUCAUCUUUUGGGCCGCCUUGAACCUCGCAGGACCGGCCAACCUGCUUCUGUUUUGGAACCUGACCGAGUCCUCUUUUCUCUCCGAGCCGCCAUACAACUUCUCGAGCUCGGGUGUCGCAUACAGCAACUUUGCUUUCUUUAUCGGCGGCACGAUUGGGCUGGUGACCGCAGGACCAUUCUCUGACUGGAUUGCCGAUCGAGCCACGCGCAAGAACAACGGAGUCCGCGAGGCCGAGAUGCGUCUUCCCGCGCUCAUCCCAUUUUUCAUCACCACCGUCAUCGGCGUCGUUGUCGGCGGCAUCGGGUAUGAACGCCAAUGGGCCUGGCCGAUCAUCCUCGUGUUUGGAUACGGUCUCACGGGGCUCAGCGUGACGACUGUGCCGACUAUUUCCAUCGCCUAUGCCGUCGACUGCUACAAGCCCAUCUCUGGUGAGAUCAUGGUUGUUGCCACGGUUGUCAAAAACACCUGUGGUUUCAGUAUGAGCUACUGGGUUGAGCCUCUGGCUGAGCGGAAGGGUUUGAUUGCUCCUGCCAUGGUUGAGUUCGCACUCACCGUUGGACCCUUGGUUCUUGCCCUGCCGCUGUACUUCUACGGGAAACGGCUCCGUGGCAUGACCCGCCACUCCAAAGUUCAUCAAUGGUCGGAGAUCUAA